AUGGAGUAUGCUGCCGAAAAAGCCCGCCUUUCCCCUCCAGGCCCAGACAAGUUUUGCGUCGGUGCUGUUCUAGCUAAUAGAGACACUGGGGAGAUCCUUUCUACGGGAUACUCGAUCGAACUGCCUGGCUACAUGGAAGGAGACUCGGGGAGCACACACGCGGAGCAGUGCUGUUUCAUCAAAGUGGCACAGAAGCACGGUCUUCCGGCAGUACGUGCUGAAGAGCACAUCGGCGAUGUCCUCCCAAAGAACACGGUGCUGUACACGACCAUGGAGCCGUGCAAUGCGAGAUUAAGCGGCAAUAGGACGUGUUGUGAUCGGAUUGUGGCACUGAAAGACAAGCUGAAGACGGUUUACGUGGGAAUUCGGGAGCCGAACACGUUCAUUGUUGAUAACGAUGGGAAAAAGAGACUGGAAGGCGAAGGGAUUCGCUUCGAAAUGGUUGAGGGCGCCCGGAACCUCUGUUAUGAAGUUGCCAUGACUGGUCAUGAGAAGAAGAGCGAGUAG